AUGUUAAACAUCGAUGAAAGCGAAUUUAGCAUACCUUUAAGGAUUCAAAGCAACAUAACACGUCAGACAAAUAUCACCUAUGAUUAUUUGAACGAAUUUCAUCUUCUACGAAGUAUGCCGUUGAUAGUAAUCGAUUCUCAUAAGCCGUGGGAUAACAGUUCCAGAAUUUUGGAACCAAUUGAAUCUCUUCUCUUGUCCAAGCCAUGCAAUCUUCAAACGAGUUUGCUUUUCCAGCCCCAAACUUACCGGAAAUCGGACAACACUCAUGCCAUCCUGUUUGAUCUACUUACCGAUAUGUGGAACAGCAGUGCUUGGAUGUUGCACUUCCGGAAUUGUGAACUAAACACAGUGAAGCAAACACGUCUGAUGGUGGAUAAACCAUAUUUCUACGCCCCGCAUUUGGAGAUGCCCUACACCACGUGGAUCCUGCUGUCUCGUGGCUACAGAUCGGGAUCGGCAAAGUUUCUGAAACUUAGUGGACUGAUAAUCGUCAUGCAGUUGACGGAAUCGUUGCAGAUUUCUUUGAGAGCCAAGGGAGAGUGCAGAGACAUUUGUGUGGAUUUAAACUUUCAACUGCAUCAAGGCGAAUCGUUAGUGUUUCUAACCAGCUUGUGGAAUAUGGUGUACGUUCCAAAUUCAACAAACAACACAGCUAUUUCAUUCAUCACCGAAACCUAUCACAACUGAGCUGGUUUGAGCCGUUCAAAAUGAGUCAACUUAGAUAACAUUUCGAACGAUGAAAAUUUGGUUUGUUCGAAAUGUGUAAUAAAAUUGUAAAAUUAGAAAAAAUCCGAAUCUCUUCUACUAAUAAAUGGAACGACUGUUGAUUUUUGGGGUGGUAUUUAAGGGCCCCCUUAGGUGUUAUUUAAGGGUCAACAAACUGUAACUUCGAACACUUGGAGGCACCCCUAAGUCUAAAAAAAAGUUAAAUCAAGAACAAAUUAUGCCUACUUGCAGCUUUGUAUAGCCUCUACAAACUUUCAAACUUGGAAAACAGUUUAGAGAUACAAAAUUUGAGACAUAAAGGGUGAUACAGUCAAAAUGUGGUCAAUAUCAACUUGACGUAUUGCUUUCAAUUUUGCAUUUAAAAAACCUGAACACCCCUCAUUUUGAAGGGGUGUGUGUGUGUGGAAUGUUGCUCCUAUUUUGAUUUUGGAAUUCAAUCUUCAGUUGUCAAAAUGCCGUCCAAGGAAGAAGAACAGCGUUUCAAAAUUUUGCUCGCGCAUCCGAGCUACUCGCACGCAACGCUGGCAAUUAAAGUGUUUGGGGAACGUUUGUCGACAGCCAGGAAGUCUGGAUCGGGGGGAAAUCGAAAACCGGAAGCUGUUGAGACGACAAAGAGACUUGCCGGUAGUUUCAAGCGAAACCCUAACCUCUCUCUCCGAGAUGCCGCAAAUAAGCUUAGUGUGUCGUCUACAACCGUGCAUCGAGCCAAAAAACGAGCCGGACUAUCGACUUACAAGAAGGUAGUGACUCCAAAUCGCGAUGAUAAACAAAAUACGACGGCCAAAGUGCGAUUCCGGAGGCUGUACAUGACGAUGCUGACGAAGUUUGACUGCGUGGUAAUGGACGACGAAACCUACGUCAAAGCCGACUACAAGCAGCUUCCGGGACAGGAGUUUUAUACGGCAAAAGGAAGGGGAAAGGUCGCAGAUAUUUUCAAGCACAUGAAACUGUCAAAGUUCGCGAAGAAUUAUCUGGUUUGGCAAGCCAUCUGUAUCUGUGGCUUAAAAAGCAGCAUUUUCAUAGCUUCUGGGAUUGUCAACCAAGAAAUUUUGCGUGAAAGAGUGGUUGAAUAAACGUCUGCUGCCUUUCCUGAAGAAACACGGCUGUUCCGUACUGAUUUGGCCGUAUUUGGCAUCUUGCCAUUACGGUAAAAAGGCCAUGAAGUGGUACGCCGCCAACAACGUGCAGGUGGUUCCCAAGGACAAGAACCCUCCCAACACACCAGAGCUCUGCCCAAUUGAGGAAUACUGGGCUAUUGUCAAGCGGAACCUAAAGAAGACCAAAAAAACUGCUAAGGACGAGCAGCAGAUCAAGGCAAACUGGCUUUCUGCGGCGAAGAAGGUGGACAAGGUGGCUGUACUAAAUCUGAUGGUAGGGGUUAAGCGUUAGGCCCGGCAAUUCGGAUUUGGAAAAGCGGAAACCGGAACCGGAAACCGGAUUUUUCCUGAAUUUUAUACUAAUUAAACUUGAUACAGAAAUUUAAUUUGAUUUUUUAAAUAAACGAUUUCACCGA